AUGUGCUCGAACUGGAGAGUAAGCCAGCUACAGCAGAGUCUUGAUCAUUCGCUACAAGGUUACUUUCGGCCGUGUUCGUCGUUCCAUGCGUUUGGCGAGAAGGACUGUUCUAUGGCCGAGCAUGACCGCCUGUUCGGAAAGAACCGAGAUGAUGUCUUCUUCAAGGUUCUUGAUCAACGCGACAACAAGGUCCGCAGGUGGCAGAGUCACACGUGGACUAACCUUGUUAUCGACAAGGCAUCAUCAAGCCCAUUCAAUGCCAAUGUCUACUGUUCACCCAUCUACUUUAUGUUCGAGGGUAUCUCCACCCGUCAAGAUAGGACCCAUGAGAUAAGGAAUCUUCAGAAGGUGGAGAAGGAACGGAGACACUUGGAACGUUAA